AUGGCUAAGAACUGCCUUCACCUGCAGCUGUACCGCGACUCGAAGGACCGCUACAAGAAUGGCCAGACGAAGGCGUCGCUCUCGCUGCAGCACUUUCUCGGCGUGGAGUCGGGCUUCACGCUGGACAAGGAGUCCAACACGAUAGCAAUCAUCUGCCAGGAUGUGAUCGUCGUCCUGGCAUUCGAUACCCGCGAAAGACUGAUACAGUGGCAGGUGAAAAUAUCCAACAAUCUUGGCGAUGAUCUCCAGUACCUGGUGCUGGUCUCGUCGGCACCACCGAAAGCCAAACUCUCGACCGGCCCGGCCCGGAUGCACAUUCAGGACCAUCGGUUUUGCCUGACGACCGGUGUACCGCCGCGGUUAACGGGAACGUGGCAAAUUGAGCACUUAAGACGGUACGGUGUGGUGGACAAUCGAUUUUGCUUCGAAGGUGGCUCCAGCUGCGGGAAGGGCGAAGGACUGUACGUGUUCGUGACGGACUUGGGCGAUGAAAUCACGCACACCUUCAAGCUGGCCUCGCAGGGUAAGCUGGCCAGCAAGAAGCGGGCUGCGGCGAGAAAAAUUGCCGCCCUCGAUAGUCCGCGGAAGGGCGGAGUGGAGUCACGGUGCGCGAACUAUAACGACGAAAUCUGCACGGUGCACAUCGAGAACUCGAACUGCACCUGCCGCAACUCCUACUGGCCGUCGACGGAGUCGCGUGACCUGGACAGCAAUUACGGCUGCGGCGACACGGUCUCGGUGUCCGAGGUCCACGACAGCAUCAACGAUAUGGAUUCGUUUCCCAGAAGUGCGGUGGCCAAUCUGGAGCGUUGCAUGAGCUGCAUCUCGAAGCUCGGCGCCCCGUCCAUGUCGCGCAGCUCGACGAUCACCGGGACGCCCGGUGCCGUAGCUCCGAUCCCGGCCUGGCACAUGAUGACCGAGCAGCACAACAACCACAUCAACCAAUCGCACAAACUCCCACCGCUACAAACGCCAGGCCUCGACCGGAUGUCGCUCUGUUCACACGGCAGCAGCAGCAACAACUCGGAGUACUCGAUCCCGCGCCAAACCUGCGGCCCCGGUACGGAGGCCGCCUGGUACGAGAAGGUCCCGGCGACCGGUUCCCUGUGUGGCCACAAUCGACCGACAUCCCCAUGCGCCGCCUGCCCACCGGGGCGACCACCGAAACCCCGAGAGAUGCCGCUUCACAUCACCGCUCCGCUUCACAACGCAAUCAGCAUGUCCUCCUGCAAGUCUCCCCAGCAGCAGCACAGUGUCGGUCCGUACGAGAACUACGACAUACCGAAGACACCGAUCGCCAUCGACGGCUCGAGCGGGCUGACGCCGGGCGAGAACUACGAUACGCCGAAGAAAAUACAAGAGUACCUGUCGAGGGAGACACCCUGCAAGGAGCUGGCGGUGGACGGUAGCAGCUACGGUAACUACGACAUGCCGAUGUCGCUGACGAAAGCAGUCUGCAGCUGCCUGACCGGCGACGGAGGGUCCUCGAAGGUGCAGAGCUGCGUGCACGAGCAACGCCUGCAGGAGGCGCCCCGAGUCGACUGCACCUGCAACCGGGUGAUGUCCUGGGCGGACAACUGGAUCUCACUGCCGCUCUGCAAGCGAGGGAACGGCAUCGAGCACACGGGCGUGCAGAUCAACAAGGUGAAGCUGAGCGGUGAAGGCAAGAUGCCGGUAAUGGACGCGAGCGGUGGUUCGGUCGAUGGCGCGAUCUACGCGACGGUUGACGUAACGAAGAAGAUCCGCCGGAAGCUGGGCGAGGGUCCGAGUUCCUGUGCGUGCGAAGAGCCGUCACCACUCAUCACUCAACCCCAGGCCGGCGGUGCGAAACUCCCGAGCAGCUACGAUAACUACGAAGACGUGGAGAUCACGACGCAGGAACCACAGCCGGCCAACUACGCCAAUCUGGAGUUUGAGCGAUCGCUGGAGAACUACGAAAACUCGAAGGAGGUGCUACAGCGGGCGGGCUUGUGUCUCCGGGAGCUACAGGAGGAGUACGCAGGGGACGAAGAGCCAAAAGUGUGCCACAAGUGUGGCCACCCGAGUGCGAAAACUCCGGACACGGGCCCGGAUCGCGAGGAGCACACCAGCACCACGGCGGCGGUCGAAGACAAGCAGGAGAACUACAUGAUGAUGGAACCGGGCAACCGGAAGUCCAAGUUCCCGGGCUACAUACCGAUGUCACCGGCGGCUCCUUCGGCGACUACGGCUGCUGGUACCGCAGACCCCGCUAUGCCACCGGAUGGCACCCAGUCACCGACGGCUCCGCCCCUGCCAUCGAAAUCGGAUCUGCUGAAGCAGCGCAUGAAUCGGAUCAUCGGCGAGAAGUCGGCCAGCAAUCCGAGCCUUUCGGGCCCUGCCGUCGACCGCAGCCGGAAGCGUAUAGACGAUGGGACGCGCGUCCCCGGCAGUGCCAUGCUGAGGGCGACGCUGGCCAGCCCGUACGCUCGCAAGCAGCUCAUGGACAGCAGCGAUCUGCUGCCGUGCGGUGACAGUCGUCUGUCACCCCGGAAGCGGUCGGCGUCCGCGGAAUCCUCGCGCUUUCUGGACGAAGGAGAAGAGAUCGAAAGUCCACUCAGUGGCACUGCGUCGCCCAGCACCGAAACGUUGCUCCGCAAGACGCCGACACCGGGUGGUACCGGAACGUUGCGACGAUCUUCCUCACCGUGCGUCCACCAGGAGAUGGAACCGGGUUGCCCGGCCGACGGGUGCUGCGAUGCGGCCGCCGACAAACAGUCGACGACGGCUCCGGAGACGGAGGACGAGAUGUCGGGCUCGACGAACCCACCGAGCCAGGCCUCGCAAUCGGUCUACAUCCGCCGAUCGGAGAGCGUCCCGUGUAAGGCACAGAAUCGUGACAGUUCCAGCUCGAACGAUUCCGGCGUAUCGACCGGUUCGCUCCGGCAACGCGGGACCGAUUUCACGGACUUUGAGCUCCCGCUGACGACGGCCAUGUCGGCACGACGCCACCAGCGGCACGUGCUGCCCCAGCAGAACUGUGUCCAUGCGUCGCUGCCACGGCGCUCGAAGUCGUUCGAUCCGCUGCGGGAACUGUCGUUCCAGUUCCAGAAGAUUCGCGUCCCCGAGAAGAGCACGUCCGCCGAGGCCGAGGUGCCGGUGUGUCCACCGAAGGUGAAGGGUACGCCCGCGUACGGCGGGAGCCCGGACGUGAUGGCGGCCCCCGGGGCACCGUACAUCGAUUCGCGCAGCACCAGCAGCGGUACGUCCGACAUGUCGGACUACAUCGAGACGCUUUCGCUCUCUAGUCACAGUUCCUCCGACACGCCCGAGGGCAUGAGGCACAUUCGGCAGGCGACCUCGACGUUGCGGCCCCGGUCGGGCAAGGAGUACCAGAACAUCGACCGCUCGAUACUGUCCCUCACGCAGCCGACCACCGAGACGGCGGCCAAGAUGCCGGGCACGCCGUCGCAGCUGCGCGGGCUGCUCUCGUGCUCCGCCAACUACGCCAACAUCACGCCCGUGCCAGAGAACGCCGAGUCGCCCAGUCCCGGCUACCAGAGCGGCACGUCUCCGCAGGAGGCACAGGGUCAGCAUUUUAUGUUUAAGGUGAGUGCUCGCUGGACCGUUGCAUAG